AAGCCGCGCGCUCACUAGCCGGAAGGAGUCGCUACACGAGGCACUUGGAGCGAGAGGCACCGGGUCUGUGUUCUCUGUGCUGUGGUCUGCGCGAUGCCCAAGGCCAAGGGGAAGACCCGGAGGCAGAAGUUCGGUUAUAAUGUUAACCGAAAGCGUCUGAACCGGAAUGCUCGACGCAAGGCAGCGCCGCGGAUCGAAUGCUCCCACAUCCGACAUGCCUGGGACCAGACCAAAUCUGUGCGGCAGAACCUGGCCGAGAUGGGUUUGGCUAUGGACCCCAACAGGGCGGUGCCCCUUCUUAAGAGAAAGGUAAAGGCCAUGGAAGUGGAUGUAGAGGAGAGGCCUAAGGAGCUUGUGCGGAAACCCUAUGUGCUCAAUGACCUGGAGGCAGAAGCCAGCCUUCCAGAAAAGAAAGGAAAUACGCUAUCUCGGGAUCUCAUUGACUAUGUUCGCUACAUGGUGGAGAACCAUGGGGAGGACUAUAAGGCUAUGGCCCGGGAUGAGAAGAAUUACUAUCAAGAUACCCCAAAACAGAUUCGGAAUAAGAUCAACGUCUAUAAGCGUUUUUACCCAGUGGAGUGGCAAGCCUUCAUCGAUUCUUUGCAGAAGAAUAAGAUGGAGGUUCAGUGACUGGUUUACGCCUGCCCCAGGUUGAGGCUUCCUCCUGGACCAGAGAAGCUGGAGCCAGGGUUUAAGGCAAGGAGGGGUACGUGGCUACAGAUGAGGCUAGCCGAACCCCAUGGAAUCAAAAGGUUAUUACACAC